UUUUUCAGGUUUAUGUAGGAGUAUCAUCGUAGUUGUAGCGUCUAUGAAAAUGAAGACUAUUUUCGGAUUCAUGACUUUGAUUUCGUUUGUGAAGGCGAUCAUCGACAGCGACUAUAACUCCAUUGAAGAAGAGAGGUCUCUAGAGCUGUCAUAUGUGCCAGAAGUAAAAAAGCCUUCGCGAUAUAGAAACUGCACACGAGACACGGAUAUUAUUGAUCAGCUUUUGAAUGGCACAGGCUACAAUAAAUUCCGGAUUCCGCGAAUGACUGGAAUGACAGUUACUGUGGAAAUCUGGAUUCAAGCCAUUAAUUCUAUAGAUGAAAUGACAAACGACUUUGAUAUGGAUAUCUAUAUAACUGAAAGAUGGCUUGAUCCAGCGCUCAACUUUGAAAAACUCUCUCCUUGCAAAGGUAAUCUGUCCCUCAGUCAUCAAGUCUUGGAUCGCAUGUGGACGCCCAAUAGCUGCUUUAUAAACAGCAAAGUUGCACAAAUUCAUGAAUCCCCUUUCAAGAGUGUGUUUCUUAUGUUAUUUCCAAACGGCAGCGUUAUGGUCAAUUAUCGGGUACGAGUAAAAGGACCUUGUACAAUGGAGCUUAGCAAUUUUCCUCUUGAUUUACAAAAGUGCGGGUUGGUAUACGAGAGCUUUAACUACAAUAAUCAGGAAGUUCGAAUGCGUUGGUUUGACGAAGAUCCAGUGAGGCCAUUGUCUCCUAUCACAUUACCAGACUUUGAUCUCUUCAGAAUUUCAGCUACUAGGAAGGAAGAGCCUUACCCUGCCGGCAUGUGGGACGAAUUACACAUGCAAAUAAUGUUCGAAAGAAGAUUUAUAUGGUAUUUUAUGCAAGCGUAUCUCCCAACAUACUUGACUAUCUUUAUUAGCUGGAUUUCCUUCUCUCUGGGAUCCCAAGCAAUGCCAGCUCGCACAAUGUUAGGUGUCAAUGCACUAAUAGCUAUGAUUUUCCAGUUUGGCAAUAUCAUGAGGAACCUACCGCGAGUGUCAUACGUGAAAGCAAUUGAUGUUUGGAUGCUGGCAUCAAUGACAUUUAUCUUCUGUAGCCUUCUUGAGUUGGCGAUUGUUGGUUACAAAGUACGAGUGACAAGUAAGGGGUCCAACAAGGUGGCAACGAGGAAGCCGCAGCUGCCUUCUGAUGGAUCACCGAGAGGCUCCGCCAUUUAUGAAAAGAGAUUCAUGUUUCCAGCUGGAUGUAAUGUACAACAAGCAUUGGCUAAGACAUCGUUGUCUUGGCCUCCAGAAAAGAUCGAUAAAUUGUCAAGAUUUGCCUUUCCGCUUAGUUUCUUCAUUUUCAAUAUUGUGUACUGGUCGUACUAUCUACAGCGAAAGCAGGAAAUUUCCGAGUCUAUGAAAUUAUGA